UUCGUCCCAACAUAUUUAGACCCCAAUUAAUCAUCAAUAUAAUCAACAAAUAAAAGUCCAUAAAGAGAAUUAUAGUAAAAUUAGUAAUAUAUGGGGCACCAUUCUUGCUGCAACCAGCAGAAGGUAAAGAGGGGGCUGUGGUCUCCCGAGGAGGACGAGAAGCUCAUCAGAUACAUCACAACUCAUGGCUGUGGCUGCUGGAGCGAAGUGCCUCAGAAAGCAGGGCUUCAAAGAUGUGGCAAGAGCUGUCGUUUGAGAUGGAUAAAUUAUUUGAGGCCUGAUAUUCGAAGGGGGAGGUUUACGCCGGAAGAGGAAAAACUCAUUAUUAACCUUCAUGGGGCAGUAGGAAACAGAUGGGCUCAUAUAGCCAGCCAUUUGCCGGGAAGAACAGAUAACGAGAUAAAAAACUAUUGGAAUUCAUGGAUCAAGAAGAAGAUAAGAAAGCCAUCAACAACUUCAUCAAACAAUACCAAAAUAAACACUAAUCAAGAUUCUCACUUCACCUCUGCUCAAGACUUCUUCAACCGGAAUCUAUCUACCAAGUCGCCCGUUCAGGACACACUAUUCCCUCUAACGUUCAUGUUCGACAUCGGCCCGACGACAACGACAACGACGGAAGGCCUCGGCGUCACUGACAACACCAGAAUAGAUCACAUUAAUUUCCAUGAAAAUGCAGGAAUAUUAAUGAACCAAGAAACAUGGCAAAUGAACCAACACCAGCAUCAUCAAUCGGAAAUGCUCCAAUUCACACCGUUGAUGGAGAAUCUCGAGAAUAUUAUGCUGCCUAUAGAUGUGCAGAAUGGUGGGGGAGGGCAGAUCUCAGAGGCUGAUUGUUUGCAGCAGAGAAAUGAGAUGAAUGAAUGGAUUGAAGCGCAGAAUUCAUGUUCUAGUUAUUUUUUAUGGGAUCAAGCACAAGGAAAUGUUGGUGGGGAUGCUUCGUCAAAUAUGGCGACUUUGCUCUCUUCUUUUCCAUCAUCUCUCUGACUCUCAGGAUUAACCUAUAUAUGUAUAUGUGUAUGUGUGUGGUUGUCAUGAUAUUUAUAUUUUCUGGAUUUUUUUAGAGGAGUUAAGUUUCAUAAUUAUAGAGUGGUGAAACGUGAGAGUCUUUGGCGAUUAAUUUCUUGAAUAAUGUAAAGAAAACUCUGGACACGAAAUAAAAAUGUUGACAAAUUUUCCAUUA